GGUAUGUCAGUAGUAGAUGAUAAUAAUUGGAAAAACUUGUUUUUACGUUUUUUAUCUUAAACAUAAUAAUAUUGUGAUGAUGAUGAUUUUGGAAAUUAUGAAAAAAUGCAUGAUGACAAAUUCUUCCUUUGAUGUAGGCUACGAUUCAACUAAUACUGGAAUAUAGUAUUACUGCGAUAACAAAAUGUCAUCAGAAGUACUUUGUUACAAUAAAGGAUGUGGAAAUAAAUUUAAUCCAAGUGCUAAUGAGGAUGAAAAUGCUUGUGUCCACCACCCUGGCGUUCCUGUUUUUCACGAUGCUUUAAAAGGUUGGAGCUGUUGUAAACGUAGAACAACAGAUUUUUCUGAUUUUUUGAACAUUCCUGGUUGUUCCAAAGGUCGCCAUAGCAGCGUAAAACCAGCAGAACCUGUUGCUCCUAAAGUGACAUCAUCAAAAAAUAAAGUGGAUGAUAAAAUUACGCCUGAGCCAGCGAGUGUUACGCCAAAACUUUUACAAACUGAGCCAAUUCCAAGACCAAGGGUCUCUGAACCCAUGAUACCUUUGCCAAUUAAAACUACAUCAUCGCUACAAAAGGCUUUACAAAAAUUAUCAUUGGAAGCAAAAAAUGAAGACCCUUCUAAGCAAAUUAAAAUAUGCAAGUUUCUUUCUUGCAGAACUACUUACUCUCCUGGAGUAAGUGAAACAUGUAUUCAUCAUCCCGGUGCUCCUGUUUUCCACGAAGGGAUGAAAUAUUGGUCAUGUUGUCAGAGAAAAACUAGUGACUUUACUGCGUUUUUAGCGCAAGUAGGGUGUGUCACUGGUACACAUGAAUGGAAAGUGAAAUCAUUAGCAGAAGCAGCGCCAUGUCGGUACGAUUGGCAUCAAACUGGAUCCAUUGUAGUCAUUUCUAUUUUUGCGAAAAUGACUGUGGAAGAAAACUCGUCCGUCAAAGUUAAUCAGAUCGCAACAGAAAUUGAUCUAGAAUUCGAAGGUGGAAAAGGGAAUUUCAAACUUGAUCUUGAAUUUGAUGGAGUUAUUGAUCCUGCUCAAAGUUUCGUUACGCUAUUCGGUACCAAAGUUGAAAUAUCGCUUAAAAAAGGUGAUGCUAGUCACUGGAAAAAGUUGAAUAUGCCAAAAACUAUACAAGAGCCGGAAAAGGAUGAAAUUGGGCAACCAACGGAAGAAAAGAUUAAAGUUAAAAUUGAAGAUAAGCAAGCAAAUGGUGAUAAGAUAGAACAGGAUGAGGAUGAUAGUGAUUUAUCUGGAAUUGAUGAUGUUGAAUUUGAUUGAUUAUUGAUAAAAUAUUUUUAUAUCUUUAUACAAACUGUUUAGGAAAUUUUUGUAUAUUUGUGAAUAAUAAUUGACGAUCUGAUGGUGCUUAAUUGAUUCUGUAUUUCAAUAGCCUAUGGAAUUCUCUGUCAAUGAUGAAAUUUGUCGAAUAUUUUGGUUCUGACAGAAAUUUGGAAAUUGUGUAUAUCUAUCUUUUUAAAAUUAAGUGACAAUGCAGUGCAAACAAAGAAUUCAAAUUGGCACAAUGUGUAGUUGGAAAAUUUCACCAAAAUAACUAUCAGAAAUUUUUUUUUUUUCAUGUCUGACUCAUGAAUUUAUGCUCGAGCUUUGAAAGUAUUAGCAAAGUGAAGCUGAUUUGAAUGUCUGUAAAGUAAACCAUAUACAUUGUAUCAAAUCAAAGUUGAUCCACAGCCGAAUCUAAAUGGCCCAAAAUAUUUAUUGACUUUUUUAAUUAAUUUAAUAUAUUCUUACCAUACAAAAUAAUCAAUUCUUCUUGAAUUCUUUCACCCAUGUGUGUUGCGUAUCGAGAGAAUUAUCAGAAAUGAUGUUAUAUGUUUUGAUAGUACAAUACAACUUAAUAAUUUGUCCAAAAAUGGUUGCUCAUUGUUCAUUGUUGCUCAUAAUAUAUAGGCUAUAUGGGAUUUCAAAACUAUAUUGGGUUUCAUAGUCCUUGAUAAUGUAUAAUCACUGGUUUUAUCUUAUGAAGACUUCAUAAUUAAAUGGUAUUUCCGAGUACAUUUUUCCGCUCAGCAUUGACUCAUUUUAAUCAUAAUUCUGCACUUUUUUGAGCAUUUUGAAUAUAAUCUGUUUAUUGAGUAUUGACCUGUUUCAGUCUGUUCAUUCGGGGUGCCCGUAAAAACAGAACCUAGAUUCAUUUGGAAAUUAUUAUAAAGAGAACACAACUUUUUUACGAUGUGUCCUAGAUUCCUAAAAACUUUUGGGUACAAUCACACACAAACAGAAGUUCAAGCGUUAAAUGAAUAUUAUUCAUUUUUGUAGAGGUGAUUGAGAAUUUUAUGGGUUCUUCUUCAUGUGGCUCACCCUAUACAUAUGCUUGAAAUAAUAAUUAUUUCAUGUUCAAGUAAUUUACCACUUUGCAGUAAUCUUGUUAAAAACACUUCCUAGUUAAUUCUUCGUUCCAAGCUAUGAGAGAUAUAUUACAAUUUUCUCUCAUUCUCUUCAUGAAACCACGACACUCCAAAAUUCCUCAUAAAAAUCUCCCCUAAAUGAAUUUAUAUCUUCCCUAAAAGCAAAUUCAUAUAUUUUAUCAAAAUAUGUAGGCUAUUGGAGUUGUCCGAGAUGUCUAUCAAGUCUAUGCAUCUGAAAUGAAAAACUGGUCAAUUAUUCAAAAACUCAACAUGGACUGGUAACCAGAUGAGAGGCUGUUGUUCACAAUAUGAUUUAACUGAUCUGAUCGCCUUCCUUCUUACCUAGAAUAAAUAUGAAAUUCCUAUCUUUUAGUAUCAUUACCAUUUUUUUUUUUAAAUCAUAAUCAUCAUUGGGUCCUCCAUAACAAAUAGUUUGGUAUUUCAACUAAAAUUCUGCUCUUCUAUUAACUUGAAUUGUUCGAAGUUUGCAGCUAAAUCGUGAAUUUUAAAAUACCGCAAAAAUUAAUUGCUGAAAAAUAUUUGUAAAUAUGAAAAAUUCAUAAAAUACAUUUUUGAAUUGCA